ACUUACAAAACAAUUCCAACAUGUGGCGCGAAUUGACUUCAAAGCCUUCAUUUAUCGUCAGUCACUGUGUGAAGUCUGCUGUUAUCAUUUCGUGCAGGUUUCUUGAAGAAAUACAUAAAACCUUCUGAUAAGUGGACGAUAUGACGACAAGACGAGCAAAACGCCGAGCUGUGGUGAAGGAAGAGGCUCCUCCUUCACAAGAGCUACUUGAGUUGACCCCUGAGGAUGUCGAAGAAACAGUUCGAAGAUCCUCUCGGACCGUCCUGGCACCGAAACGUCUCAAAUACUCUCCUGAAAACAGUCCAGCUCAAACAUCCAGAGAAGAGAAGAGAACCAAAACACACGAUGUCAAGAACAGCCAGAAAAAGCGAGAAGACAUUAAGAAGGAAGAGGGUGAUAUUGAAAAUGGUGAUGUGGAGCACACAUCUGGUGGACACGGAGAACUUUCAGAAUAUGAACUGGAGCGUCUGGAGAACAUCAGACAUAACCAAGCAUUUCUGUCCUCUAUCAACUUGUUCCAGGCAACUGAGGAGUUGAAGCAGUUAUCACGACCAAAGCCAUCACAGAGGGGUCUCGUAAGGUCUCAGACUACUGUGAAGGAAGCGCUGCCAGCUCGGAAAUCCCUCCGUCUCCAAAAUAAAGAGGCAGAGGUCCUGACCCUCCCCCCUGAACCCAGGGGGAUGCUGGUCUAUGAAGAGUCUACUCCUCUAAAGAAGCCUCCUGGCCCUCUGCCCAUGGAUCUCAACAUGGAGGAGGGAAGCAAGCUGCCGUCACACCUUAUUCAGCUCUGCUCAGAGGAUUCAGCACAAGAAAAAAAGCCGCAGCUUGCCCUGAAAGAGUAUCGCUCAGCUCUGAAGAGCAUGAGGAUAUCUGAGGAGAAAGUUGCUAAAGUGGUGAAGGAUCGCAUCUUCUCUGCUGCCUUCCACCCCUGCUCAAGCAGCCUUCUAAUGGCUACAGGAGACAAGUGGGGCAAAGUGGGACUCUGGAAGCUUGGUGGUGAAUGGGGCAGUGAUGGUGUGCUGCUCUUUGAGCCUCACACUCGUCCAGUGGUCUGUAUGGCAUUCUCAGCAGCUCAUCCCACCCACCUGCUCAGCCUCAGUUAUGACGGAUCACUGCGCUGCAUGGAUGUAGAGAAGGCCUGCUUCGAUGAUGUGUAUGACAUUGGUGAUGGUCUGAAGACGUUUGACUUCAUGUCACAUGACUGUUCCACACUAGUGGUUGGCAGCUGGUUUGGAGAAGUUGCCAUCGUGGAUAGACGAACCCCAGGAAACUCGCACGAGUCCCUUCACUCAUUGGACCCCAAAGCCCUACGCUGUGUCAGUGUCCACCCGUUACAGAAGCAGUACUUUGCUGUGGCAGAAAACAAGGUAGUGAGUAUUUAUGACAGCAGAUGCUUGAAGAAGACAAACAGCCCGUCUGUCUCCCAGCUGAAUGGCCACUCUUUGAGCAUAUCCAGUGCUUAUUUCUCCCCUUGCACAGGAAACAGAGUUCUCACCUCCUGUAUGGAUAACAACAUAAGAAUAUAUGACACUUCUGCGAUGACCACCAAAUCUCCCUUGUUGUCAUCUAUCAGACACAACAUGCAUACAGGCCGAUGGCUGACUAAACUAUCAGCAGUGUGGGACCCCAAACAGGAAGACUGCUUUGUGGUGGGGAGCAUGGAGAGGCCUCGGAGGGUGCAGGUGUUCCACGAAAGCGGUCAGCCCCAGCACUCCUUCAUUGAUGAUGAGAACCUUAACACAGUGCUGUCUGUCGUUGCUUUUCACCCAACAAGGAAUGCCCUACUGGGCGGCAACGCGUCAGGACGCCUGCAUGUCUUCUCUGACUUACAGAGAGACCAAAAUGUGUACGAGUGAGACCCCUGUUUAACUUUAGCUGGACAGAAAGAACAAGUAAGGAAGAGCCGCUUAUGUGACCACUGAACACUGCAUGUUCCUAGGGACGUUGCACAUACACGUUUAAAUAUUCAAAGUAAAAGAUAACUGUAUCUGAAUAAAUUCUAAACAUUUUCUACCUUAGUAUUCACAACACAAUGCACAUCUAUCCCUACACUGGAUAGUCAUAACAUGGAGCAGCGAGCCGUGGUGCAUCCCGCAGUGAAAUCUGUCAGCCUCAGAAUUUGAGGCACCAUCUUUAAAUGAAACAUUUUCCCCUUUUUUCUUUGUUCUCUUGUUUAACAAUAACUUGUUCAGGUUCAUUGUUUCGUUCUGCUUUUAAAAUAACAGGCAGGACUACUAAGUUGAAAUAGAGCCAUUCAACAAUCUGAGACAAAGUUUUUGAUAAGGUUCUAGUGAUCUUUGUGUGUAGAAGUUUUAUUUGGCUUCACAUUAUAAAAUCCUAAAGAUUUUUCAUUUUUAAAACCACUUUUGGUCAAUGUUGACUUAAAAUUGUCAACUCUUGAGAACUUAAUUUUUAUACAGAAAAAAGGUUUGAAAACACUGGAGUUGCACUGAAGGUGGAAGAUGACUUACUGUUAGGCCUGAAAUAUGUUUUAGAUGUUGCUUCUUUUCUGUUCCUGUAUUAUCAGUUUCUUACAUUCCAAUUGUCUUACAGAACCAUUGCAAUCCUAUUAACUGGUUCUCUGUUAUUUCUGUUGAAAGGACAAAGUGUGACAAGCGCCUGUUGUAAAAUAAUGUCCAUGUUUUUUUUGUUUUUUUGUUUAUUUGGCGCUCCUAAAGCAAAAACAAUAAAUAU